AUGACUCAGCUCUGCUUACCCAGGCCGGAAGUCCUUACAAAUCUCAUCCCAGUCCCUCCCAGGGUUCUGGGUGCUGGGGAAGGGUUGGGCAGUCCAGCGGGUCCAAGCAUGACCCCCUGGGAUCCUAGACCGGUCCAGCUCCUGGACAGCACCCUAGGGCUGGGGGCACUGGGACUGACAGUUUGGGCAGUCUUCUCUGCUGCUGGCCCAGCUCUGCUGCUGCUGCUGCUGCUACUGAUCAGCUUCCUUGCCUUCGACCUGCUCCACAGGCCUGCAAUGUCUUCCCUGCUACAGCACAGGCUUCUCGAAGGCGGCCAGAUUCAGGGGGCUGGUGAGGGUCCGGGACAGCUGGGAAUUCUACUCCUGUCGAACGAGGCAGCCACAGGACAAAUCAGCCUCCAGGAUGCACUGCUCCUGCUGCUUAUGGGUCUAGGGCUGCUCUUGGGAGCCCAAGGCAUGCCCCUGGCCCUGCUUGGCCUGGUUUUCUGCCUCCACCCUUGGGUCUGAGUACCCUCCAGAAAUACAGUGGCCAGCCCGCUUCCCCAGGCCUGUUUGCCUCCAUCCUGGGUUGGGCUCCCU